GUGCCAGUGCCACAUCUGACACUGGGCGUACCUGGUGUGGCAACGGGGUGGCAUUCUCUGCCGUCAUGUUUGGCUCACUCUUUGGCGCAGACACGCGCUCGGCGGAGCCCGUCGAAGGCCAGGCCUCUGAGCCAGGCCCGGGAGAGGCAACCGCUGCUGGCUCGCAGGCGAGCGGCUUUGGUGGGUUUUUUAAAAACAUCAACAAGUUUGGCAAAGCCCUGCAGGAGAGCGCAGCAGGCUUGGCGGACAAAGCCUUUUCAGACUUCAACAAGGAACAGGAGACUUUUGUGCGGAGCAAACACACUUCUGGCGUUGAGCCUGGUAUCCCACCAUGGGUGGGUGCAUCCAAUGAGGAGGAGCUGAAGCAACACAUUUUGAACCUCUCCGCCGAUGAACGCAACGUGCUGCGCGAUCCGCCUCCUGGCGCACAAGACUUUGACUUUGUCUUUGAGCGAGCCUUUCCCAAGGCCCUGGCCAUUCUGGAGCACGAUGCUCGCCUGCAAGCCAUGCGCUUUGAGCUUGUUCCCAAAAAGCUUUCAGAACAACACUUUUGGCGCAACUACUUUUACCGCGUGUCGCUGAUCAAGCAAUCGUAUGGGCUAGCGGAGCCGACGGCCGCCGAUUCGACGUCCGCGUCAUCUCCCUCUGCGCCAGUGGCCGACCACUCCUCUACGACCACGGCUGCAGCGGGAGCUGCGGCCACGUCUUCCGAUCUCAUUGACUUGGGCGUACCGGACGCGGAUUACGAGGAGCGUUAUGAGCCAGAGUUUGACGAAGAUGAGCAAGAUGCGGCGCAAUCGGAUCAGGAUGCAGACGAUGUGGCCUUGGAGGAGCUGGACGGCCCCAGCAAUACCAGCAUUCAGGACAAGGCGGCUCCAGAGAGCUCGUCCGAUUCAGAGCUGGUGGUGGUUGAUUCCAACGAUGCACAAGCUUCCGAAGAUGAGGCCGAUGCCACAAAUGACCUCGGCGAGAGUGAUGACUGGGAAGCUGAUCUUCAGGCCGAGCUCCAGGAGCUUGAGAUUGAGGGCCUGCAAGUGACCAGGCCAAGCCUGCUCAUGCUGCACCUCAGCUGCACCCUGAUCGGGUUAAGCUCCGGUGUACAAACCCCACUAAAGUUGUCGUUGCCCAUGUCCGCUCUGACUUUCAGCUACAUUUUUCCCUCCAUCUCCAUACAACCGCGGGUGAUCCAGACAAAGGACAAGAGAAUGGAAAGGCAAGGCCAUAGGGUUGUAUUUUCACUUACCAAGUUGACGCUUCGUGCCUUGGUGGCUGCUCUUCCUUCUUCGUUUCUUUUCACAUCUCUCACCCUCAAGAUGAGCCGCAAGCUUGUAGAUGUCGACGAGUCUGGCGUCGAUCGCAGCUACUAUCACGGUACCAUCUCGCGCGAGGAGGCCGUGCGCCGCCUGCAGGAGGUCAACACCGACGGUGCCUUUUUGCUCCGCCUCAGCGCCACCCAGAAGGAUGCCUACACCAUCUCCCUGCAGUCCAACGGCGAGAUCAAGCACAUCCGCGUGACCAACACGUCCAACGGCGGCUAUGCCCUGGGCAAGAGCAAGGAGGAGUUUGAGAGCAUUUGGGAUCUGAUCGAGGCCCAGCUAGACAAGUCACUCAAGUCCACCAAGGGCGAUCAAGCUGUCCAACUUGUUCAUCCCCUCAAGAGCCACGAAGAAGUGGUGGCUUUGGAUUUGAUCAACGAGGCUCGCGAAGCUGGCAUGGACCCCUCCAAGCUUGGUGACGGCGUUAUGGACUUCAUGACUGGUGGUCUCUCCGCCGAAGAGAUUGUGGCUCGCCGUAAGGCAGCCCUCGCUAAGGAUGGUAUCGCUGGUCUCGGUCUGAAGGAAUAA